AUGUCAUCCCCUCAACAAAUUGCUCAAAGCUUCCAACAAGCUUUGAAUCUUUCAAGUUCUCCAAGUCAUGCUGUCUCCACAUCUCCAACUCAAUCAUAUUUAACUCAAUAUAUGCAAGCUAAUAAGAAACCAACUAAAGCUUUGAAACCAUUCUCAACUGGAGAUAUCAAGAUCUUAUUGUUAGAAAACGUUAAUCAAACUGCUAUGGAUAUAUUUAAAAAUCAAGGUUAUCAAGUUGAAUUCUAUAAAACUUCUCUUCCAGAAGAAGAAUUGAUUGAAAAAAUCAAAGAUGCUCAUGCUAUUGGUAUCAGAUCAAAGACUAAAUUGACUGCCAAUGUAUUGAAACACGCUAGAAACUUGGUUGUGAUUGGAUGUUUCUGUAUUGGUACUAAUCAAGUUGAUUUAGAAUUUGCUGCUAAAUCAGGUAUUGCUGUUUUCAAUUCUCCAUUUUCAAAUUCAAGAUCUGUUGCUGAAUUAGUUAUUGCUGAAAUCAUUACUUUAGCAAGACAAUUAGGUGAUCGUUCAAUUGAAUUACAUACUGGUACUUGGAAUAAAGUUAGUGCCAAAUGUUGGGAAAUUAGAGGUAAAACUUUAGGUAUUAUUGGUUAUGGUCAUAUUGGUGCUCAAUUAUCGGUGUUAGCUGAAGCUAUGGGUAUGAAUGUUAUCUAUUAUGAUGUUGUUAUGAUCAUGUCUUUAGGUAAUUCUAAACAAGUUGCAACUUUAGAUGAUUUAUUAUCUCAAGCUGAUUUCGUUACUUGUCACGUUCCAGCUACUCCAGAAACCAAAAACUUAUUAAGUAGUCCCCAAUUUGCUGCUAUGAAAGAUGGUUCUUACGUUAUAAAUGCUUCAAGAGGUACUGUGGUUGAUAUUCCCGCUUUAAUCCAAGCUAUGAAAGCUGGUAAGAUUGCCGGUGCUGCUAUUGAUGUUUUCCCUCAUGAACCAGCUAAGAAUGGUGAAGGCCUCUUCUCCAACAGUUUAAAUGAAUGGUCAUCUGAAUUAUGUUCAUUAAGAAACGUUAUCUUAUCUCCCCAUAUUGGUGGUUCAACUGAAGAAGCUCAAUCAGCUAUUGGUGUUGAAGUUGCUUCUGCUUUAACGAAAUAUAUUAAUGAAGGUAACUCAAGUGGUGCUGUUAAUUUCCCCGAAGUUUCUUUAAGAGCUUUAGAUUUAGAUCAACAAAAUUCAGUCAGAGUUUUAUAUAUCCAUCAAAAUGUUCCUGGUGUCUUAAAAACUGUUAAUAAUAUCUUAUCUAAUCAUAAUAUUGAAAAACAAUUCUCCGAUUCAAGAGGAGAUGUUGCUUACUUGAUGGCAGAUAUCUCAGAUGUUGAUAUCAUUGAUAUCAAAUCAUUAUAUGAACAAUUAGAACAAACUCCAUACAAAAUUGCUACUCGUUUGUUAUACUAG